AUGUCGAUCCGGAAGGCGCUGGGCGCGGUCAAGGACCAGGCCACCAUCGGCAUCGCCAAGGUGUCCAGCGCGGUGGCGCCGGACCUGGACGUGGCGAUCGUGCGCGCCACGGCGCACGACGACGGCCCCCCCGACGAGCGCCACGUGCAGGAGGUGCUCCGCCUCACCUCCGGCUCGUCCAGGAUCCACGUCGCCGCCUGCGUCGCCACCGUGUCGCGCCGCCUCGCCAGGACCCGCGACUACGUCGUCGCCGCCAAGUGCCUCGCGCUGCUCCACCGCCUCGUGGCCGACGGCGACCCGCACUUCCGCCACGAGCUCGUCCGCCCCGCCGUCUCGAUGGGUCGACGUGGUGGUGGGGCGCCCGUGCUCGCGGCGCUCUCCGACUUCCGCGACGAGGCGCACUCCGCGUCCUGGGACCACUCCGCCUUCGUGCGCGCCUACGCGCUCUACCUCGACGACCGCGUCCGCUUCCUCCUCGCCCUCCUCCCCGCGCCCCGCACCGUGCGCUUCGCCGACCACGACGGGUACGGCUACGGUGGCCGCGCCGCCGGGGGCGCCUCGCCGCCUCCGGACAUGACGGUCUCGGUGCACGACAUGGACGUCGAGGGGCUCCUGGCGCGCGGGCAACAGCUGCGGCAGCUCAUCGACCGCUUCCUCGCCUGCCGCCCCACCGGCGCCGCCAGGCGCAGUCGCGUCGUGCUCGCCACGCUCUGGCCCGUCGUCAAGGAGAGCGCCAGGCUCUACGAGGACGUGGCCGUGGUGCUCGCCGUUCUGCUCGACCGCUUCUUCGACAUGGAGUACCCGGACUGCGUCAAGGCCUUCGAGGCGCACGUCAGCACCGCCAGGCUCGUCGACGACCUCCUUGCCUUCUACUCGUGGUGCGAUGACGCCGGCGUCGCGCGGUCCUCCGACCUCCCGGCGGUCAAGCGCAUCGACGACAAGCUCCUCGAGACGCUCGAGCAGUUCGUGCGUGAGCGCGGCAGGGCAGGCCAGAACUCGCCGCCGCCGCGACAGCUUCAGCACGCUGUUCAAGAAGCUUCCCCGAGCGAGGACGAACACCACCAAGCAGAGUACGACAUGAACGGCAUCAAGGCGCUCCCGGCCCCAGAGCAUGUCAAGGCUGCGACGGUGGCGAGGCCAGAGCCGGCGAGAGCUAGCGCCGCGCCGGUGGCCAGGGCACCCGAUCAGACUACUGACCUGGUGGACCUCAGGGAGUCCGCGGCAGGAGCCGACGAGCAGGGGAACAAGCUGGCGCUCGCGCUCUUCUCGGAGCAGCCACAGUCCGCGAACAGCAGCUGGGUCGCGUUCCCGUCCGAUGACAGCGCCCCCAAGGCGACGACGACCUCCGCGUGGCAGACGCCGGCGGCCGAGCCGGGGAAGGCCGACUGGGAGCUGGCCCUGGUGGAGACGGCGAGCAACCUGUCGCGCCAAACCGCAGCGCUGGGCGGCGGCAUGGACCCGCUCCUCCUGCACGGGAUGUACGACCAGGGCGCCGUCCGGCACCACGCGCGCGCGCAGGCCGCGUCCGGGAGCGCGAGCAGCGUGGCGCUCCCGGGCGCGCCCGCCGCACACAACAUCCUGGCGCUCCCGGGCCCCGACGGCGCGGUCGGCGGCGACCCGUUCGCGGCCUCGCUGUCCGUGCCGCCGCCGUCCUACGUGCAGAUGGCGGAGAUGGAGAGGAAGCAGGAGCUGCUGGCGCAGGAGCAGAGGAUGUGGGCGCAGUACCGACAGGGCGGGAUGCAGGGGCAGGCCGGCCUCAACGGGCUCGCCGUCGGCGGCGGUGGGAGCGCGUUCGCGUCCAACACCUCGGUGCCGAUGCCCAUGGCCUACCACGGAGCCGGCGGGUACUACUACUAG